AUGCAGUUCACGACCAUCUUGAUAGCCGCCUGCCUGGCUCUCCUCGGUGGUACAGUCACAGUCACAGUCACAGCCACAGCCCAAAGUCAGCCCGGCAUGAACCUGCCCACACAGACACCCUCCCUGUCGGUGCCUGCUUUCCACUCUGACAUGUCUAUGCCUUCCCCGGCCCGUCCAUCUAUGGCUCGUCCAUCUAUGGCCAGUGGCUCAUCUUCUUCCGGCGGUUCAUCGGGCCCCAGCUCCUCACCCGCCGCUUCGUCUUCGGGCUUCCGCACUGCCACGGUUCCCAGUACCCCCUCCAGUGGCUCGGAGAACUCAAACAUCCUCGGCAAUCUGCGGCGUCCCCCUCAAAAGUGA